AUGGGGCUGUUAGCCCAAAUGUAUAAGGCUGCAAUAUCGUUUGCAGGCUUUAUGGGCACUAAUGGUAACGUUAUCGAUUUAUUUUGCCGCGAGAACUUUCACCAUUUGUGUGAUGCGGUGGAGAUGAUAACUCAACGUGAGACUGGAAAGAUGAAGGCUGGUCUUAGGCAUAAAGCCUAUUAUCUUAUAAUUAAAUCUUGUAAAAGGCUACGUGACCGCUUUUUUAUUGAGAAGAAAGAGAAUCUAUCAAAUGAGAUUGAUUCAUUUUUAAAAUCAGUUAAGUCGAGCGAGGAUACAUUUCUCACUAGUGCGCAAUAUUUAUUGGAGAACGAAAAGCUGAGGAAGACAAGAAAACCAUGCCAGUUACCACUAGAAGAAGAUAUAAAGAAACUCCAUGCUUUCACGUCAAACCGCAUCAAACAUUUAACAAAUGAGUACACUCUGAUGACACCAUCAACCUUUAUAGAACUUCGUAAUGUCACCAUGGUACGUCUGACUCUUCUAAAUGCAAGACAGGGAGGAGAGGUAGGUCGUCUUUUACUCAGUGAGUGGGAUGAAGCAGAAAAGGAUGGAUGGAUUGAUCAACAAAGGCUACAAACGUUAACUCUAUCGGACCGAAUGCUUGUCAAAUCAUUAAAAAUUGCCUAUUUAGCUGGAAAAGGAAAUAAACACAUUGUGUCAAUGAUAGUUCCAAAUGACACAGUUAAAGCCAUGCAGCAUCUCUCCAGAGUCAAUUUUAGAAAAAGUGCUGGAGUUGCUAAGGAUAAUGAUUUUUUAUUUGCAAGUACACAGCUCUCAGACGUACAAUUUUCUGGGUGGCAUGCUCUCAAAGGUGUAUGUUCUAAAGUAACAGCAUUGAAAAAAACAGAGCUUAUAAAUUGGACCAACAAUCGCCAUAGAGUCAGCACCAUUUACGCUAGUUUGGAUAUUGCAGAGACUGAUAGAGAGCUGUUUUACAAGCACAUGGGCCACUCCGCCCAGAUGAACAAGGAAGUGUACCAAUCACCAUUGGCAUUGCUUAGUGUUACAAAUGUUGGAAAAAACUUAAUAGAUAUUGAGACAGAUAGUAAGCAGCUAUUGAGGGGCAACAUACAACCAUUUCAGCAAUAUAUCAAGAGCAUUCGAAAAGCGUUUACUUUUUAA